AGAGAGCAAGCAGUCUACAAAAUUCGGGGAGAAAAGAAUCUCUAGUGUCAACCACUGGUGGACAAACUUGCUCCUUUCGUGAGCUACAUGGACGAGAGAAUGCAAUGCAAUGAGGAGAGCUCUCAACUCCUGUCAGCAUCCAAGGAGAGACGUUCUCAGCAGGGACGAGAUUGAACCAAAGCAUGAGCUACCAGGGUGUGUUUUGCUUGGAUGAUGGCGCGGGUUCUAAUGUGAUAUGCUUGUGGGCAUCGCGGACAGUCUUCUAAGCCUCUUCAAGCUUCGAUAUGGUAGCUACAUUGGCUGCUACGAGCACAAAGAGACACGGUUCUAUAGUGGAAGUCAUAGAAAACAAGAAGUGAUUUUUCGAGCUCGACACUACUGGAAAAAAACGUGAUUUUUUCCCCUUAACGAUAAGGGGCAUAUAAAUUGAGUUUUCCUUCCAACAGGCAGCAUGGAGCGCCUAACGGAGGAUUUGUUGCUCCGGGUGUUUGCGAGCCUGGAGCUUGACGAUCUAGGGAGGCUGCGAUGCGUUUGUAGAUCCUGGGACAGCGCCAUUACUUCUCACGAAUUCGCCAAGCAAUGGAAGGGAAGGGACGAGGUCUGUUGUGUCUUGCGCACUAAGGACAGCAUCCACAGAGAAGUGUGGUUCCCGGGCAGCGGCGCAAGAAGAUCUACCGGAUUGAAUCCAGGGCCUCGUGGGUGUUUCUCCAUUGGGGUUUCUUCUUCACACGGCCUGGUUUGCGGAUUGCUACCAGAAGAGGGCCGCUACUGGAACACGCCUGACACAGCAUGGAAAUUUGUGGUAGGAAAUCCAUUGACAAGCAAAUGGAGGCGGUUGCCUCCAAUCGAUAUCCCUUCUCGUCCGCUCUACACCAUGGAAAGGAUCCAUCUCCAGGCUGAUCCGUCCAAAGGUUCCUACAAGCUGGUCAUCACCUACAGUGAAGAUGGCGUUGACUACCAAGUGAUCUACCAGGCGCGCCAGUAUGAUUCAGAGUCGCGGGUUUGGACCUCGGCAGUGCCCUUUAUUGGCGAGCACGACUGCGCAAACACGAAGAUUGAUGGCUCCGUGAUUGGAAGCGCGGGGCUCCAUUACCCUCCAUACUUUCUCAUGGCCUACAAUCCAGAUUCCAUGGCCUGGUCUUGUCACAAGCACUUCGUUGGUGGUCGUGAUCCAACUCCCCUCAAUGAGUCUGUCUACAAGGAGUAUAAGCUUGACUGCACCACCUUAUGCGAUGUCUUGAGGUGGAGAGGCAGGAAUUUCAUGGUGACGCACUCGUUUAGCUGCGUGGUGCUCUGGGAGCUGGACACUGUGGCAGGAGAGUGGAAGGUUUUGUCAAGCAGGCGGUAUAAGGAGCUGUAUGGCAGGAUGCCGUCGAGAGAAAACUCGGAUAUCCAGGCGCUGCUUGUUGGGAGCACAAUAGUUUCUCGGAUCGCUACAAGACUGUGUAUGCGUAUGCUCCAUAUGCGUACAACCUCGAGGACUCAACUUGGCACUCGUCAACUUGCUCUGCGAGUGCGGACACGGACACUGCACUUGGCUGCGCAUUCAUACCCAGCUUCAACAUCGAGCCAUAGGAAAAGCAUCUUGCGAGAGGUGAGUACUUGUUUUAAGAGAGGACAAAGGUUCAGCACAGGGGCGGUCCAAAGGUGGGACUUUUCUUUGUGCUUUCUUCACUGUUUGCAUAACUGGAGAUCUGCCGUGAGGAAGACGUGAAAAACUCUGCGAUCCUGCCUGCGCUUGCGCCGAGGCAUAAGAUCGCAUCACGCCCGAUCUGCUCUUACCACGCCAAGCUACGACUUGCAUAGCAACAGAGCUCCUGUCAACCGACGCUCAAGGUCCACAACAUUCCACUGCAGAAAAACAUGUUUCUUCCGCGAUUUGUGGAUGCUGGAAAGGCUGCUGCUGCCGAAGGAACGCUGAGUGGGCGAUUUCCUGCCGAGGGAAGAGCUCUCGGGAGAAUGUGGAUUGAAGGCAUUGUGUGUAAAUACUUCAUUAUUUAUUGAAACAUUAUACUAAACACUACUUUAAACCA